CAUUAUUGUUGUGGUUGUUUGUUGGUGAGCGAAUGACGAUGGUUGGGCAACGUCCUCGCCGUGUUGAAGUCACGGCGGUUCCUAUACUCCUAAUACUAGUGGUGGUUCUCAGCGAUCUGUCAAUCUCCGUGGGAGCUGAGAAGUCGGUGUCGGCAUUCGUGCAGAACGCCAUUUUGUCCAACAAGAUUGUCAUCUUCUCCAAGUCCUACUGCCCGUAUUGCUUGCGCUCGAAACGCAUUUUCAGAGAACUUAAGGAACAGCCUUUUGUCGUGGAGCUUGAUCUCAGAGAGGACGGAGAUCAAAUACAGUACGAGCUUCUGGAAUUUGUUGGUCGCCGUACCGUCCCCCAAGUUUUUGUUAACGGCAAGCAUAUUGGUGGCUCUGAUGAUCUCGCAGAUGCUGUGGAGAAUGGUCAGUUGCAAAAGCUUCUUGCUGCUAGUUAGACUUUUCAGAAGGUGGAUGGAUGAUCAUGGACCUUAUGUUGUGAUCUAGAGGAAUAGUGGAAUCUUUUGUAGUGAACUUGAAUCAAUGAAUUGGUUUGUCUCAUGUUCACUGACUUGAUUGCUCCUUAUAUAUAUAUAUAUAAUAAUAAAGUUA